UGGCUAUAUGUCUCCUGAAUACACAAUGAAAGGCCUAUUUUCAAUUAAGUCAGAUGUGUAUAGCUUUGGUGUAAUACUACUGGAGAUUGUGAGUGGGCGGAAGAACACAAGCUUUCGUUCAUCUGAUCACACCAGCCUGAUUGGUUAUGCAUGGGAUCUUUGGGACGAAAAUAAGCUAAUGGAGCUCAUUGAUCCUUCCAUUCGGGAUUCAUGUAAUCCUAAUGAAGUUAUGAAAUGCAUACGUGUAGGCAUGUUGUGUGUGCAGGAUUCUGCAGCACUCAGACCAAAAAUGGAAUCUGUAGUGUUGAUGCUAGAAAGAGAAUCCCAAACACUUCCAGUACCUAGAGAACCAACUUAUACUUCCAUAAGGAGCUCUAUAGGUGCAGACUUUUAUUUGGAUGGUCAAGAUGCUGUAUCCUCAAAUGAUGUGACAGUUACAAUUGUAUCAGGGAGAUAAAUUGUUUAGUUUUUUCCCUUCCAUCACCAUCAUGUUUAUAACUUCAUAAAAUGAAUAUACAAUUUAUUAUUUA